UGCUAAGCAUCGCACAAAGAGCAGGGGAAAGUUUCAGUUAGCAAUCCAGGAAUACUUUUAACCGUAAGCUUUACGAAAUUAAAAACUAAUUUAGUUUAUUGUAUUAGCAACAGCUCAUCUAACGUUGAGAUAGUGUCAGAUUUAUACUGACAGAUCAUUGGAUCGUAAUUUGGACGACAAUUUAGUUCGGAAAUGGGUCGAGUGUGGCGUGACAAACCAGAUACACCCGUGCGGAACAGACGAGAAAAGCGCACGAGACUUCUGCCAAACAAGAAAUAUGAAACUAUUGCAGAGGAGCCUGGGGUGGAAGAGAUGCAUGUUCCCACUGUCAAACCAACCAAACGGGUACAGAAUGGGGACAUUCAUUUUGCUAAACACAUUAAGACUGUCCAAAAGAAAUCUGAGAUACGCUUGAGCAGGCCUCCAUCUACUGAAAACUCCAGCAACAAAACGCAUGCCGUGCCAGCUUCUAGGAGAUCUAGUUACAGAGUGUCAGCAUCAGGUCACCAAACAAUUCAAACCACUCCCAGGAUAGAGGCCGCUAAAGGUGGUGACAUGCUAGUUAACGAUGAAGAGCAACAAAUGACAGUAACAUCUGAAAGUGUCACUCCUUUCAUCUGUAACGAUGAUGAGGAAGAAGACUGCUAUUCCUUUGCCUCAUCUAUCAGCAGUCUUCCUUCCCCGGAGAUCUUUAGAAGAGAAAGAUAUGUGGAGACAUCAACUUUUCUUAUUAAGGAGGAGCUUGGGCUUCAUCUUAACAUAAAAAACUCCACCUUGCUUAAUGUGAGCAACGCUGAGACCAUACACAUGCAUCAACCCAUAAACCUUUCUAGCAUCUUCGUUUUAAAAAAUAUUCUGUCUGCAGAUGUCUCUGAGAUUGUUGACGAAAAGAACUGUGAGAUCAACCAACACGGAAGACCUGAAGCUGAGACCAGAAAACAUGUGGACUCAUUUAAAUCAGAGAAGGCCUUGGAGUUGAAAACCCCCCCAAAACUCACCAACAGAAGGACCAUUUUAUACAAGAAGAAGGUCUGGUUCAAAAGCCCCAUCAUUGUGGACACCUUGGAAGCAACAUGCAUCCCAGGCACCAAAUUAACCAUUUACUGCAACAAUGAACCAGCCCACACAUCAAGCCCUUCUGAGCAGAUUCAGAAUGACACAGUCACAUCCUCAGCUAACAUCAGUUCUAAAGAAAAAGCAUUAAAGCUGAAGGUGAGGUCGAAAAGGCCUGCAAGCCGGGAAUCAAAGUUCUUUGGCUUUAUCGACGACAGUGACCGUGAUGCAUUCUUUGAUAGAAUGAGAAUACGUUCUGCCAAACUCAAAAGUGCUCCUUUAUUUCCUCUCACAGCUCCUCCAGAACCUUCUAUUUUGUGACUUCUUAAGGCAAAUGAAUGUAUGUUAAGAUUUUGUCUUUUUCCCAUAAUCAAGAUGUAUAGAGGUCUGUAUGUUAACUAUCCUGUAAAAGAGUAAUCUGAUGUCAGUGUAUGAGGCUGUCAUAAUGUCUCAAAUGAUAAUUUAAAUGUGAUGCAUUCUUUAUUUAAAGAGAAUAAUUCAAAAGGCAUGCCAUACCCUGCCAUGUAUUUAAGUCCCUGCACAUCAUAUAUUUUGAGUGUGACUUUUCAACUUUCCUUUCUUCUCAACCUUGUCCUUUUAUUACCUUGUUACUGUAUCCUACAAACCUUGACAUGUACCUCUGCUUACCUUUUGUAUUCUACAGUUGUCAGACAAGUGUCUGUGCAAAGUGACCACUAGAUGUCAGACCUGUAUUUUUUUUACUGCGCCUUUUCACCUCUCCUGUUAGUGAUUGUUUUACAAUUUAAAAUAUAUAUGUUUGUGUUGCAUUUUUGUGUUAUUAAUUAUUGUUAUUAAAGUGCCAUAAUUGCAUACAAAUCAAAAAUUGUAAUGUAAACAAAAAGCUUAAAUGUAAGUUAAUUUGACUUUUUGGUCGUCUAUAUUUUCAAG